AUGAAUCAAGAAAAGAAAACUAUCACAGAUAAUUAUCAUAUUAAUGAUUCUGAAAAAUUUUAUCUUGUUAAAAAAGCUAUUUUACUUUUAACUUAUCAAACUCAAGUCUCUCAAGUUUCUGGUAAAGAAACUUUAUCUGAUAUUUCAAAAUUGGAAAUCACAAGCAUUGAAACAGAAGAAAAUA